UUCGACCAUAGCAAACACAGGUUAGCCUGACUGUAAGACGGAAACAUGGUGUCCGCUUCGUCGAUGUUUCUUUUGACACUGAGCUUUCUCUGUGGAGAAGCUGUAGCACAAGGAAAACUAGUAUACGUGACUGUGCUUUCCUGAUUUCCACAGCGACGGCACUCUCCUAUUGGCUUCAGAUAGUUCUUGGGUUUUCAAUGAUAAAUGUUGUUUCGACAUGGUGACCGCUCCCCAAUCAAAGCCUACCCUACAGACCCGUACCAAGAAUCCGCUUGGCCACAGGGCUUUGGACAGCUCUCACAGGAGGGGAUGAGGCAGCACUUCAACCUGGGCCAGUUCUUCAGAAACCGAUACAAAGGAUUCCUCAACGAGUCCUAUGAACGACACGAGAUAUCAGUCCGGAGCACGGACUACGAUCGCACCCUCAUGAGCGCUGAGGCCAACCUCGCAGGUCUGUACCCGCCCACUGGUCAGCAGGUCUUCAGGACAGACUUACAGUGGCAGCCAGUCCCUGUUCACACAGUCCCACAAAGUGAAGAGAAACUUCUCUCUUUCCCCAGAGAUGACUGUCCUCGCUACGAGCUGCUGAUGACUGAGACCGAGCAGGCGGAGGAGUUCCUCAACGUCACCACCACAUACCAGGACUUUAUCGAGUUUGUGAGGGACAAAACGGGAUUAAAUAAAACCAAUGUGGAGUCAGUCUGGAGCGUGCACGACACACUGUUCUGUGAGUCCCGUCACAACAAGUCGGCUCCAGACUGGGUCACUCCUGAAGUCAUGAAGAAGCUCCGUUUCCUUAAAGAUUUUGGAUUUAAGGUAUUUUUCGGGGUCCACAAUCCUCAAGAAAAAAGCCGUCUGCAGGGAGGAAUCCUUCUGGGUGAAAUAGUGCAGAACAUUUCCAAGAUGGCUGUCCCAGACCCCAAAAAUAAACUCAAAUUGAUGAUGCUGUCAGCGCACGACAGCACUGUGGCCGCGCUGCAGUGGAGCCUGAACGUGUACAACGGGAAACAACCGCCGUACGCCUCCUGUCAUAUAUUUGAGCUGUACAAGGAUGAGAACGGUUCUGCUUCAGUGUUGAUGUUUUACCGUAACGACAGCUCAGUGGAGCCGUACCCUGUGCAGUUACCCGGCUGUUCCCUUCACUGCCCCCUAGAGGACUUUGUAAGGAUUACAAAGCCGUCUAUUUCAGAAGACCGGGACAAGGAGUGUCAGCUGCCUUCAGAGAGGAGAGAUACAGAAGUCAUCAUCAGCCUGGCUCUGUCCGGAUGUCUCCUCCUCCUCCUCAUCGCCCUCCUCCUCGGCGUUAUUUGUUGGCAGAAAGAGCCAAUGAGCACUCGGGGAUACCAACAUGUGAUCAACCAGGAAGUAGGAGAGGACUCCUGACAGGAGUACAAGCUCCUCCCUAGGAGGUCGAUGAGCCUCGUGUCAUGGGAAAGCAGCGAUGACGGUGAACUCUGAAAGACCUCUUUGAUGGUCUCAUGGACUCUGUAGGAUCCAGUUCCAACGUGGUUUCUGUUUUGUUUGUUUCUUUUGUGAAAGGUGAGUUUUAACCAAAAUGGACCUACCUACAGGACUCUAAACUGAGACCAUGUUUAAGGACCAGCUGAUUCCCACAUCGAGCUAACAGCAGAGACAACAUUUAGCAUGUUAGCUCGCUGUCAGCCAAUCAAGCUCAUGAUUUAAAAACAUGGACAGUAGUCAAGACCGUGACACACCUGAAUCAGAGUGCUCUGAGACCGAGAGCUUAAAUAACUAAAUCAUUAUCUUUUUCCAGCCGCAGCACAGGGAAGGCUGUGGCUGGAACCGAGGGGCAAAAAAAAAAUCAUACUACAAAUGAAUAGAAGUCCUUGGUUGUUUUAGAAUGGGGGUGCUUUGGUCUUGAUUAAAAAACGAAGUCCACCAAGUCUGAGACCAAGACAAGACCAAGUACUACAACACUAGUCUGAUCACUUCUGUUAUUAAAGAUUGCAUGUGUCCGUGUGUAAGUUUACCUUUUUGUGUUCAGUGUCUGUGCUCACUCUGAGGCCUAACCACCGAGAUGCCUUCAACAUUUUCAAAACCUUUUCUUUAUUUCUUCUGAUUGAAGUGUUCUUGGUGGAAGGUCAGAUAUUUUGAGUUGGAGUCUUUAAAACGCUGUGUUUGAGUAAAAGCAACAGCUCAGUGGUGUCUCCACUCAGCAAGACUUUUGACCUCCGGAAAGGUGGGAAAACCCAAGCAGACUCUUCUUCUGUGUGUCAACGAGAAUCAAGUCAGUCUGUUUGAAAACUGGAAACCUUAACAUUUGUGUGUUUUAGGAUCUGAAUAGCUUUUCUAAAAAUCUGUUUUGUCUUUGAACUAAUCAUCUUUUUGAUGCAGAGCUGAUAUUAAACGCUUUUCAAUAAAAUCAGAAACUGAGGAUGGAAGACUUUGAGCUAUUGCAGUUUAAAAGUCACAUAUAAAAUCUACUUCUCCAUGUUCCUCUAACACUAAUAUGUGUCUCUAGUCCAUCCUCUCCGUGACACUCCCACAGCUAGGUGUUUGUUCUGCCCUCUGAGUCUGCCUUCUCAACGUAAACAAUAGGACAUGGAGCGAGAAAGACCAAGUACACCCAAGCCCUUCCAGAGAGGGGGCGUGGUCAGACACAGCUCAUUUACAUAUUUAAAGGUACAGACACAGAAACAGCCUGUUCUGAGCAGGGCUGAAAUAGAGGGGUUUAUAGACAUGAUCAAAUACAGGAUCAGAGUGGAUUUAGAACAAGAAACUUCACACACAUGUUUUGUGGAGCUCUGAGACUUAUUUACACUGGUUGAAGAGGAGAAUAUGUGAGCUUUAAAUCUUAAUUAAGUCAAAAUAAAGAUGAAGGUCUUUGAAUUGAAUAUGCACAAUGUUUAAAUAAUCUAUGGAGAAUACAAAAAAUACAAACACUGCUGCAGUAGUGAACACAACUUAAGUGUUAAUUGCUUGAAUUUCAUGUCAUGCUGUAUGAAGUGAUCGAUGGGACUCAAAGAAUGUGUCAACUUGUUUUAAAUAAAUGAUCAAUCAUG